CUGUGAAAGUAUGAAGAUUCUCAGAGUGCUUGAUCUGGAGGAUGGAUUGCACAUAAAAGAUGAUACUGUCAAGAAGAUGGUGAUUGGUGAAACUCCUGCCUCGCCUCAGGUUCCCUUCCCUACGAGGACACAGUGAGAAUGAGAGAUCCGCCAACUGCCAAGUUCAGUUGGUGAUCUGAGCCAGCUGCAGACUCUUGAUGUCAGUGGCAGCUCCAUUGUCAACCUGCCUGCAAACAUCACCAAUUUGCACAGCCUGCAUAUGUAUGUGCUGGCACCACCAAUGUCCCAUCCGAUGUUUCGUCCAGCUGCUGGUUCCGUGGAUGUCAACGCAUGGUCGGUGUUGAGGUGCCUAGAGGAAUUGGGAAAUUCACAGCGUUGCACACGCUUGGUGUUGUCAAUGUUGCGGCUUCAGGCUCAAACACCGUCGUGAAAGAGCUCAAGAAGCUCACCCAAUUGUGCAAGCUCCGAGUGUCUGGCACUAAAAGGGGUGACAGUGGCAAGUUUUUCUCUGCAAUCAAGGGUCAUGUCCAUCUGCAAUCCUUGUCAGUGCGGUUUGACAAGGACAACAACAAAGGAAGUUGCUUGGAUGACAUGAUCUCCCUGCCUUGCAAGAACCUGAAACUGUACGGGCUUGAAGACAAGCUGCCAGAAUGGGGUCUUAGAAAACUCACAAAGUUGGAUUUGGAGAUGGCCACUUUGAAGGAAGAUGACAUAAGAUUCCUUGGGGAGCUAGCCCAAUUAUGUAUUCUUCGUUCAAGCAGCUUCAAGAUGGUGUGCUCUGUUUUCGUGUGGGUGACGGCACACGGGCUAAAUUCUGGAUGGACAAUUGGUUGCCUGGAGGGAGAGCUGUGCUCGAUGUAGCUCCUGCGCUCGCCUCUUUCGUCAGCAAAUCCAACAUAUCGGUGGCUGCUGCUCUCUCUGGCCGCAGAUGGGUCAUAGACAUAACCGGCGGAGUCUCUUCUCUUGCCAUUGCUGAUUACCUAAGCCUCUGGGAUAUGGUUUCAGCAAUUAAUUUGACACCGGGACAACCUGAUGAAGCUGCACGAAGGAUGGCAACUUCUCAGUCAGCUCGGCAUAUCGCCUUUUCUUUGCUGCCAGCACCAAAUUCGCUUGCGCCAAGCCAAUUUGGAAAUCGAAGGCCCCUAUGAAAUGCAAAUUCUUCAUGUGGCUCGCAGUUCAUUGCCGCUGCCUCACAGCAGACAAUUUAGCCCGCAAAAGAUGGCCACAUUGUAGAACUUGCCAGCUCUGCAAUUCAGAAAAUGAAAGCUGCACCCACAUCUUUGUUCACUGCCGCUUCAGCCAUCAGAUUUGGUACAGACUGCGGGUCUGGUCCCAGGCCUCCUUCUCUCUACCGGGCUGCCAUUUUAGUAGCACUGAGGACUGGUGGUUGACAGCACGAAAACGUGCUCCCAAGGUCCUUCACACUGAUUUCGACACCUUCUUCAUUCUGGUUCACUGGAGGAUAUGGAAGGAAAGAAACGCCCGGACCUUUCAGAAUGAGGCCAGCUCUGUCGACAGAGUCUUCGAGUUGAUCACGGAGGACCUCCAAUCUUGGAGGGCUGCUGGUUGUGUAACCACGAUCUGAGUUUGUUAGCUCUGCCGCUGUUGCUUUGUUAUUGUUGUUGUUGCUUUGCUCGUUGUGUGAAGGUCUCGAUGAAUAGUAGCUGUUGUAGCUGUUGCUCUCGGUGGCCGGGAUGAGAUCGAUAAUCUCUCCCUGUUGUAUUUCCAGUUACUGUAA